CGGAAGUGUUGACGAAGUAACUGACAGCUUUUGUUUUCUGUUCCUUCAAUAGGCAAGUGUGGCUCUUUUACUUGGUAGUUUUAACAGCUACAGAUAUGAGCGACCUUCCCGUGAACCCUCUGGUUCUGAUUGGUAUCGGGUCCAGUUUUGCCUUCUCCGGCCUGUUUUAUCACCUGUACAAAGAGAAGAAGAGAGAGUUGAAAGCGCUAAAGGAAAUCCCUGUUUUCAGACCAGAUGAAGAUUUGGUCAGGGUGCUGAAUGCCACUCCCCACAGGCGGCUCCAGUAUGUUGCUGUUGAAGGUCAGGUCCAGGCAGACGGGGAGCCUCUGAACAGCCAGUUCAUCCCACGAUGCUACGGUGUGAUUCAGAAGAUUGUUACAGUGGAGCAUUGGAAAUACUGGGACUCCAGUGCUGCGAAAUGGAACACCCGGAUAGGGUGCAAAAAAGAGAGCAACAACUCUGUGCCCUUCAGUCUGAUCAGCCCAGACGCCUACAUCUCUGAUGCAAGUGUGAGGGUGCACAACCCUUUAGAGGCCUCCGGCUGCUUUCUGGAAAGGGUUUAUUACAAAAUCAGAAAUGCUGAGGAGGACCUUGUGAACUCAUUGCUGCAAACCGUGGGUGGGGAGAAACCAGUGUCGAAGGAGGAGACGGAGGAAAUGCUGCGCGUGGGGACCACCGUGACGGGGUUCGGCGAGGUGGUGCUGGAGCGAGGCCAGGUGAUGAGGCUACAGGCCCCAAAGGGUGGCCGCAAAUACAUCCUGGUGCCCACUGACCACAAUAGCUUUUUGGACAGCCACAGGUCGUCAGCUGCCAUGUGGAAGGCGCUGUCUGCCUUUACUGGGAUAACUGGAACUGUAGUUCUGGCCUGUGUCAUUCGUAGCUUGAUGGAUAAGCGAGACGAACGAUCAAAUUAGGGCAGAAGACGAAGGGUUUGGUGCAGGUUUUACUGGUUGCUAAAGUUGUGUCACAGCCUUUUCAAUGCCUUUGGUGUUCUUUCAUAGAUUCUUUAACAAACUCUCAGUGCUGACAUAAUUCUCUUGCAUAUUUUGAGUAGUUACAACGCUCACGGGCAGUUUCCUGUCAUGUUCCAAGGCAAGCUUAGGGAUUUCCAAUCAUGACCAUGGGGGUGAAAAAUUAGAGACACUGGUGCGAAUUAAACUUUUAAUACACAUAAACAAAACUGUAAAUGUAACCUCAGUAAAACAAAAAGAAGC